AUGAAGCAGUGUUACUCCUACCUUACCAUAUGCCUGGCUGCGGCAACUACAGCUGUCGCCUCCAAAGAUGCGUCGAUAUAUAUGCUCAAUAACGCACCAGCUUCAGACUCGCGAACCGAGUGGCGAACAAGCCCGGACGCGGCUAAGCUGGUACUUACGCGACGGUUGGGAUGGCUGGGAGCAUCGGCAAUUGGAGAUGUUGAGGAGAAGGUAUUAAGAGAUGUAAACGAUAUUGGGGGGCAGCAAACAAUUUUGUUUGGAGAUUCGGAUCGAAGAGAGCUGCGCCAUAAGCUCCUAACCAUCGUACAAGGAUUUGCCCCUUCGAAGAAAAUCUACGAACAAAAAGAUCAGCUUCGCCAUGUUAAAGUGGCUAGCGCAGCGCCCAAUUUCAUGGGAACGGCAUAUAUCAAUAGCCUGUUCACAGAGACAGCUCCACAAAGCCCAGUCGCCCAACUAUGCUCGUACCGAUCACAGCAAGACUCAAAUACAAUUCUUGACCUAUCAUUUCAGAUAAAGGAUGGUUUGGAAUGUCCUCCAGAAGAGCUGGUGUUGGAGGAUCUAACGAACACUCUUCUUGCGAAGGAUGGUAGCCACAGGGGAUUGGACAGCAUGAUCCGUUCUUACGUCGGAGCAUCACCUACUGCACCAGGAAGCCAUGUUUCUGCUUUUCUCAGGGUUGUCAAUACCAUGACCGGAAGCAAACGCCUUGUUACAACUGAUAAACUCGCAGCUCAAAUACUCGAUCUUGUACAUUCAACUGCUAUAGACACAACCGUCGUCGUUCUCCCGGGCCAAAGCUGGGAAACACCCUCACCAAUCCGAAGCACCCGAUCCACUUCGCCAUCAGACAAGCGUCGCUCCUUCCCUCAGCUCACCCCCAUAAUUCACCGAGCUGCCUCCAACUCCUCCAAACAUAACAACAACACGCUUUCCACUCUCCUCCCACUUUGCUACGCUAGCAAUGAUACCUGUAACACCCGCACAAACUCAUGCUCCGGCCACGGAUACUGCUAUCUCAAACGAUCCGGCUCUAACAAGGGCAACAGCUGCUACGCUUGCAAGUGCCUGCGUACCGUCGAUCAUACUAAUACUAACGGGGGCAACAAGACCACGCAAUGGGGCGGGCCAGCGUGCCAGAAGAAAGAUGUGAGCAUGCCGUUCUGGCUCUUGACCGGAUUUACGGUUCUACUAGUUGUGGGAAUAUCGCUUGCUAUUGGAAUGAUGUGGAAUAUGGGGCAGGAGGAACUUCCUGGUGUGCUGAGUGCAGGUGUUUCGGGCUCCAAGGCGCAGAAGUAA